UAGCGAUCAUGUAGUGAGUUCUUCUAUUUCUCAGCAAUUUACAUUACUGCGUCUUGGGAUCAAAGUAUAGUACCUCUUCCUGGCGUAUUUCUUCAACUUUUGGACAAUAAAACGACCCUUCAGCUAUUAAAAUGGCCUCUAGAAGAGGGAGACGGCGUAUCGAGUACUAUAGUUGACGAGAACACGGGCAUCGAGGAUGACCGAGGAGGAUCUUGCCACCGCUUUUGAUACUUCGGAUCAAAUCCUGCAGGCUCUGGACGCCGGAUUGCGAGGCGAGGCCGGAACACUCGAGCAGCUCGAAAAGGCCGCAUCCGCCGGGAUUUUGCGCGAUGCAGCACCCUUUUCCCGGGAAGUGUACCAGGGCGUGCUGCGAUCGCUACAGGUAUCCUGGCGGUGGCGGGGGAAAAAAACCGCGGAGGAGCGGGCCUUGAAUAAGAAGCGAGUGCACGUCCUCAGCAUCGUCACCUCUCUGUUGCAGUACCCAGAGUGGAACUGGGGCGAGGAGCCCGACGCAAAUCUUUUGUUUGACCUGCAGUCGCUGGCCCAAUCCUCCCACAACUGCGAAGAAGAUGAGGAGAUUUUGUUUCUCAUCCUGUACACGGCUUACCGCGAUGCCAGUGCGUUCGCACGCAUGCGCAUUCGGCGAGAGUCUCUGGGUAAGGUUUGCCGCGAAUUUGUGCGGUUCUCGCACAGGAAUUUCUGCGUCGCCCCCUUCCUGCGCGUCCUCGCGUUCGUCAUCGAAGGGGAAGUCGCCGUGGAGCGGGGAGCCGCGCACCUGCGCGCCGCCUUUCCGAACCUGCAAAAGCUCGCGCGGGAAGUGCUGUUUCCGCUCCACGCAACGAACAAGUGGUACUUGUGGGACCGACAGAUUCCGCUGAUCAAGCUGUUUCACACGCCGCUCGUGCGCGCACUGGAGACCUUGAUCACGGCGUCGGUGCGGCUUUCGCAGGUGGUGCCCAACGACCUGGCGGGACAACCAGUGGGGGACGACCCCAUGGAGGUAGACGAAGGAAACGAGGGAGCUGCACAACUGCAUCACAGCAACACGACCGGGACAACCAGUUCUUGCGCAAUUAUUUCCCCGUCCACCUUUUUGGAAGACGCACUGCAACAAGCCUGCGUAAAGAAGUGGCCGCCACCCACGGAGGCCAACACGGCGAAGGAGGUCUUGCUUCUUCAGGAGAUGCGGAGUCUGCUCCGGGUGUGGGGCACCGCGGUCGUAGCGCCAUCGGGCGCGGCGCCGAAUGCUCCUUCCGUAAGCCAAACAUUUGAAGAGCGGCUUUCACCGAUCUUGCUGCCAAAACUUUGUGCUUGUUUGAAAAGUCUCAACGCACAAGUGAUAGAGAGCGCGUUGCUGUUCUGGAAGGAUGAAUCAUUCACCGCGAUGCUGUUUGCCACGAGCCGGAAAUCCGUUGCAAAAUGGCUGGCCAUGUUGCUGCCCCUGCUGUGGCGCGAGGAACUUUUCUGGAAUCCGACCGUAAACAAGAUGACGGCUUUGGUACUCGAGAAGUUCCGGGCGCAGCACCGCCAACUCUUCGAGGAAACUGUGCGACAGAUAUGGGAAAGUAGGCAGGUAACAAGUACAAGUCUAAGUUUAUCUCAUUUGAAAUAGCAUGAUCUGUGACCUGGGGUUUACGUUUAAGUGCCACGAGUAAGAACAAGAAAACAUCAACAAUUCAACAAUUACCAGUUGCUGUCGCACGCCCGUCGUGAGAACCCCAGGCGCGGCGACCCGGGAUUUUCGACCGACCUGGCAGCGGGGGGUGCGAUCGGUGCGCCGGCGAAAACUCUCGGGCUUGGCUCGCUCUCGCGUGGAGGACCUGGGGCAGCAACCGGGUCCGUCGCGCAGCAAAUGCGCGAAUGGCGGGAACAGGGCAGCGGUGGCGCGGCUCCGCCCUCGACCAUAACAGGUGUCGCACCCUGGGCUCGCGGACCAGCCGGCGGCGGAACUGGGACCAGCAGACAGCCCCCCGCGACGAUCACGGGGGUGGCUCCUUGGGCCAUGGGAGGCGCCGCUGGUCAUGCGGGCAGUACCAGCAUGCGGGGCGGCCGAGGUCCGGUGAUUCCCGGAGGCGUCGGGUCUCGCCUCGGACUACUCGGUCCCCUGGAAGAAACAAGCGGCGCGUCAGCAGAGAGUGAACAACUCAUCUCGCAAAUGAAACCUUCCGCGGACAGCGAUCAGGACCCGGCACUAAAAGCCAUGGGCGAGUACUUGAAGAAACUGAACCCCCGCAGCGACAUCGUCCGCGACUGGGACGAUCAGCUCCUGUCGCUCACCCCCACGUGGCUGCCCUCUCUGAAGUUCCACGAUGUCGUUUACGGAAACCAAGACCUGGGCCGCGGCGCUUUUUCCGUGGUCAAGUACGGGCGCACCGUGCUAAAAAGCAAAACGCAGUCCGAGUGGCCGGAGUACGCGGUUAAGGUGGUGUCCAUCGAGACCAUCAAGAAGCACAACUACGUCCGACAGGUGAACCAGGAAAUCGCGGUGCUGAAACACCUGUCGCACCCCAAUAUCUGCCGCCUCGUCUCCGCGUUUCGGUGGCGCGACGGCGCCUACCUGGUCCUGGAGUUCUGCAGCCAGGGUGACUUGCACUCCUACGUGACCAACCAAGGCACGUUGGACGACCUGAGCACCUUCCGGUUUGUCGCCGGCGAAAUUCUGGCGGGGCUGACUGUCGUGCACGAGCAGGGAUUUGCGUUUGCAGACAUGAAGCCGGAGAACGUCGUCAUCACCUCGAGCGGCCACUGUAAACUGACCGACUUUGGUGGCGCACGACCCCUAACCGACGCGGCAAAACAAAAGCUCAACGUGGAGUUGCUGGCCAACUUGCGCAGCGGGGAAGACGACUACAUCUUGGACCAACGAAGUAUGUUGAGCAACGCAGAAGGUGGAGCUGCAGGAGCUAUUGAACAAGACCAAACACUGCUUGCUGGGUCCGCAAGAACGGAAGAACGAGGAACAACACCAAGUCAGCCGGAAGAUGUUGAGGACGAGCUAAAGUUUGAAGGCACCGGAGCGUACAUGGCACCGGAGCUACGGCAACGGCGCACCGCUCCCUCGGUGAAGUCGGACGCGUGGGCACUGGGCGUGACGUACUGGUUUCUCCGGCGCGGGCGGUUGCCCGAGUGGGCCAGCGUCCUCGACGAGGACCUCCCGCCAGGGGCCGCGAGCAGUGCUGUGUCAUUUGACCUCCGCGAACAGGAGCGAUCCGCCCAGCAGGAGACCUCGCCGGAGGUGCGCAACCUCUUGCAGAGCCUGCUGGCGGAAGACCCGGACGACCGGCCCGCGAUCGUGCAGCUUGCCUACGACCAAAAAGACUGGCUGAACCAAGAUCUCGAGUACGGGCACUGCCUCACGUUCUACACGCGCAAACAGGGCCCGUUGAAGAACGGCACCGCGUUUUCCGCGGCCGCAGCGCCAGACUCCAGCGACCCCUGGGCAAAACGACAAUUCUCGAAAAUCUGGACCGUGAUGUCCUCCGAGCUAGAGCAGGGGGAAAGCACAGCGACCGGCAAGAAAACUGCACUGCCGGGAUCCCAUUCGUAUCUGUACAUACCCUUUUCCCCGAAGAGCCCCGAGGAAUCAACAGGGGAAUUCUAGACGGCAAAAAGUGAGUUUUUCCCGAUGAUGGUGAGGUUUUUCCCAAUGGCGCGCCUAUUCUUGUUGAACAUAUCAAAUUGAGUGGCUACCACUACAUCAAAAGUUUUUACAGAUGAAAAGAUGGUUCAUAGUCAUAGCUGCGCAGAAAACAAAGCAGGCUGCACAGAAAGAGAGCAUAUAGGCCGUGCCGAUGAUGAUCAUUGAAAGAAAUUGAAAGCGGAAAUGAAGAUCACACAUCAGAGCUCUGUUCUCUAGUUUUGCCGCGAU